UCGAUGGGCUACUACGACAUCGACGACAUCCUAGCCGACGGCGAGAAGAUCCCGUGCAGGUUCAACUUGCUGGUGCCCGGCCUCGGAUAUCUUGAAGGCAACCCGGGCAAAAGUAUCGACAAAGACACCAAGCUCGACCUACCGUUGUGGUUGGCGGCGGUGUUGGCCGUGUGCACGAUCCUGGACGACGCGGACGAGAGUUUCGUCGAUCUUCUCGAGCCGGACUUCAUCUCGCCCAAGGUCCUCAACGCCAUCAAGGCGGACCCCAAGUCGGUGGACUUGCACUCGAUCAUGAGCCACUUCUACACGCUCGCCGAAAAGUGGGCUGCCAUGUAUAACGAGGCCCUGCUCGUGGAAACGGCCAUGGCCAUGUUGAAGGAGCGCGCGUUGGAGAUCGACAACUUCGCGUCCAACAACACCAAACACGUCAGCUCCAACUUCUUGUACUCGUUGGAUGAGUUCGAGAAAAAGUUGUACCGCGUCACCUACGAGAGCAAGAAGGAGAUGCGGGCCUGGACCAACGACUAA